CAAGGUCUUCUUCAUCUUCUUCUUCAUUAGCAUACAAAUUAUCCGAUCAAAAACAACUGCUAAGAAACAAAUUCGAUCUUUCCAAAGCUUCUUACCAGAGAAAGAUGACAUCUUUCUAUAUAUCUCCUCUAACCAUCAGACCUUCAAUACUGUUUCUCGCUACUUCCGCAUGGCAGGCCGCUUCGAUCCAAACCCUUUUGAUGAAGAACACGUCAAUCCGUUCUCCGUAAGUUCAAAUCUCAAUCUAACCUCUCCCUAUUUGUACCCUCUACUCGUAAUUUUGUUAUCACGAAAAUCUGUUUAUUGGAUUCAGCAUACGGCCAAAAACUGGAGGCCUUCACCUCUUUCUCAUGAACCUGUAGGGUUCAAUAACCAUGACCCAAUUGAUAUUCCCCUUGAUAAAGUUUCGGAAUUGAGAAAGAAAGAAAGAGAACUGAAAGCUAAGGAGGAAGAACUUAUAAAGAGAGAAAAGGAAGUGAAGAGAAGAGAGGAUGAACUUGCAAGAGCUGGUGUAAUUGUAAAUCGAGGGAGAAAUUGGCCCCCAUUCUUUCCAGUCAUCCAUCAUGAUAUUCCAAAGGAAAUACCAAUUCAUCUGCAAAAUUUGCUGUAUCUUGCAUUUGCUACACUUUUGGGUUUAGUGUUGUGUCUCUUCUGGAAUCUAAUAACCCUGUCUGCUGCAUGGAGCAAAGGGGGAACUGCAAAUGCCUGGUUUGUUGCUCUUAUAUACUUCGUAACAGGGAUCCCAUCAGCUUAUUUCAUGUGGUAUAAGCCACUUUAUCGCACAUUCAGAAAGGAGAGUGCAUUCAGAUAUGGAUGGUUUUUCCUCUUCUAUAUGGUUCAUAUUCUCUUCUGCAUAUUCGCAGCCGUUGCACCUCCUAUACUUUUUAAAGGAUAUUCUUUAACAGGCAUCCUCCCUGCAUUGGAUUGGAUGAAUUAUAAUAGUCUUGUUGGGAUAUUUUACUUUGUCGGAUUUGGAUUGUUUUCUCUCGAGGCACUUCUCAGUAUAUUCGUUAUUCAGCGGGUAUAUAGCUAUUUUCGAGGAACUGCUGAGAUCAAGCGCGAUGCUACCAAGGCUUCUAUAAGAGCAGCAAUAUGACCGCGGCUGUUUCCAAAUAUGCUAUAAUUUCUAUGUUCUCAUUUUACAUAUAAAACUUGGAAUGUUUAAUAUUGAGAGGUUUUGAACUUAAUAAUGUUUAUGGUGUAGUUAUUUAAUUUAUAAUGAAAUAUAAAAUAUGAAAAAACAUUAAUAUUUAAGUAUUUUUAUUUGGUUUAUUAAGCAUAUAAUCCGAAUCAUGAGAGUUUGCAAAUACAAAAAAAAAAAAAAAAUGGUU